CGGAGAUUUAGCCAACUAGUAACGAGUAAAUUAGCGAAUAAAAUUUGCUGAAUAAGGACGUAUAGAGAUCAACAUAGACGACGACGGAAAUGGCCGCUUAAGUGGCACACAUCCGGCGAAGCCCAUUCCCAACCGGAAGACGAGCACUCACCGAGUGGGUUAGCUGUGUGUGUCAAGCUACUGUGACCUUGACCCAUAACCUAACCCAUUAGCUUAGCCUGACCAAACAAAGAUGGCCAAUCUCAGCUGGCUGGCUACGUCCACGCAGCUGCCACUGCUGACGACCACCAACUGGAGCCUGACUACGGCCGCGACGAGCAGCAGUCUGGCGAAAGCGGCAUCCGCAGGAGCGGCAGCAGUGGCGGCGGCAUCGGCAGCAGCAUCAGCCGCAGCAGAGGCAGCAGCAGAGGCUGCCGCAGAAGCAGCCCAAAUUGAGGUGGACAAGUCGGGGGGCGUCAUCCACAAUCAGUUCGUUCAGAUUUUCUUCUACAUGCUGUACGCCACCGUGUUCGUUCUGGGAGUGUUUGGAAAUGUACUCGUGUGCUACGUAGUCCUAAGGAAUCGGGCAAUGCAAACGGUCACGAACAUAUUCAUCACGAACCUGGCCCUUUCCGAUAUCCUACUGUGCGUCCUGGGCGUGCCCUUUACGCCGCUGUACACGUUCAUGGGCCGCUGGGCCUUCGGGCGCACGCUCUGCCACCUGGUGUCCUUCGCGCAGGGCUGCAGCAUCUAUAUAUCCACGCUGACUCUGACAUCCAUAGCCAUCGAUCGGUACUUUGUAAUCAUCUAUCCAUUCCAUCCGCGCAUGAAGCUAUCCACCUGCAUUGGGAUCAUUGUGAGCAUCUGGGUGAUUGCCCUGCUGGCUACUGUGCCCUAUGGCAUGUACGUGAAGAUGACCAACGAGGUGAUCAACGGCACCACCCAAAUGAGUGGGAACAACAGCAGUGUCGAUGCGGCCAUGAUCUUCAACGGGAGCUACGAUUUGACAGCCUUCAUUGAAUCGCCCGACGCCACCUCCGCUGCCCAGGCCUACAUGCAGGUGAUGACCUCGGGGGUGAGCACGGAUCUUUCCUACACCCGUAUGGUCUGCGAGGAGAACUGGCCUUCGGAGGAGUAUCGCAAGGUGUUCGGAGCCAUCACCACCACGCUGCAGUUCGUGCUGCCGUUCUUCAUAAUCUCCAUCUGCUACGUGUGGAUCUCGGUGAAGUUGAACCAGCGGGCCAGGGCCAAGCCGGGCUCCAAGUCCUCGCGAAGGGAGGAGGCGGAUCGGGAUCGCAAGAAGCGCACCAACCGCAUGCUCAUCUGUAUGGUGGCUGUGUUCGGUCUCAGCUGGCUGCCCAUCAAUCUGGUCAACAUAUUCGACGACUUUGACGUCAAGUCCAACGAAUGGAGGUUCUACAUACUGUUCUUCUUCGUGGCCCACUCCAUUGCCAUGAGCUCGACCUGCUACAAUCCCUUUCUCUAUGCCUGGCUCAACGAGAACUUCCGCAAGGAGUUUAAGCACGUUCUUCCCUGCUUCAAUCCCUCUAACAACAAUAUCAUCAACAUCACCCGCGGCUACAAUCGGAGCGACCGCAACACCUGCGGCCCCCGUCUUCAUCAUGGCAACGGCGAGGGCGGGAUCGGGAUCGGGGGCAGUCGCGACGCGGAGGAUCAGGACGACAACGGCAUCACCCAGGAGACCUGCCUGCCCAAGGAGAAGCUCUUGAUUAUACCCAGAGAGCCCACAUAUGGCAACGGCACGGGAGCAGUGUCGCCCAUUCUUAGUGGACGCAACAUCAACGCCGCCCUCAUCUAUGGCGGGGAGCACCACCAGCAGCAUUUCCAGCAGCCGCAGCAGGUGGAGCUGAUGAGGCGCGUCCGCAGGCGCACCGACGACGAUGGGGACUACCUUGACUCUGGCGACGAGCAGACGGUGGAAGUGCGCUUCAGCGAGACACCAUUCGUAAGCUCCGAAAAUACCACGGGCAUCAGUACGCUCGAGACAAGCACGAGCCACUGUCGGGAGUCGGAUGUGAUGGUUGAGUUGGCUGAAGGAGGUGGUGGACGAGCUAUUGGUUCACGAAAUAACUGAGAUAGGAUUUUCGAAACGCAUUUCUAGGCAUAUUCACAGAAGGAUAUCAUUGAAUAGCGGUCGCAAUAUGCAGGAGAAUGUCAGCUAACUGGUGGAGAGUCCUAUUGUUCGUUAAACUCACAUAAUAGGAAAACAAGAGAAAAAUUGUGGAAAGGAAUGCUGAUAAAUGCCAAAUCAAGUGACAACGAUGCCAGAAGGCGGCAGAGGCGGAUUGUCUAGCAAUUGGCUGUAACAGCUACCCAAGUCGAUGAUAUAAAAUAUGUAUAUGUUAAUGGGAGUGUGUGUACGCGUGGUUACGGCUUUACAUAUAUUAGUGAGUGUAGAUGUGCGGGUGUGACUGGUCCUAGUCGCAAUGCUCCUUCUUUGUUCCGAUUUUUCUGUCUUUUUUUGGCCUUUAAAUCGCGGGAACUGUCGGCCCGAUUCGCAUAUACUCGUAGCAUACCGUAGAACGCCUUGAAGGAAGGGUGACUUUCAUCCUUCCACAAUUUCCCCGAAUGUUUGCCUUUGUCGAAUUCAAUUUGUACCUAACAGUUGUCGAACAUUUGUCGCUGUGUCUUGGAAUUCGAAAGACGCACGGAAUUAAAUGUCUUGUGCCAAUGUGCCGGUUUUUGGCUCAAUUGUGUGGAAAUACGUCAACUCAAAACCCUACCUCUUCUAACCCGCUUUUGAUGGAGUCGCAGCCACAACAAUGGUAGCUGUAAAGCCAAUAACGAAAAUAACAUGCUCGACUUCUGAAAAGCGAAACAUUUCCACGGCUGAUGGAGCACAGCAAUAGAGUCAAAAGCAAACAUGUGUAAGCUGACUUUGAUGGGAUUUGGGCGGGCCAACAGCGCCAAGUCGGGGAGUAAACUCGUAUUGAUGAUGGCUGGUAGGUAUUUAGGCAUUGAAUUGAAAUUGUACUAAAAUCGUUUCUGCAUAUGAAGUCGAUUUUAUUAAUUCCACAUCCGGCCUUGGACUUAGGCCAGUCUUUUAUAUUCCUAAAGGAAUUUUUCCUCUGAAGUGUUUAGUGCAUCCUUAAUUAUUGAUGCCUGUUUUCGUUUUCAAAGUAUUCAACCUAUCUAAAGUACCCCUGGAUGCUUUUGUUCUCCCUAGGCCUGUCAUUCAUAGCAAAACCACGAAACAGAUGUGGUCAAUAGUUGGAUACGUGAAUGUGUGUGUUGAAAUAAUUAACUUGGACUGCAGGCAGUCUACCGCAUAAAAGUUAAACUGUUAUAUGACACAUUAAUAUUUCAUAGGUAAUAAAAUGUUUAGGUGUAAGGAAAUUUCAGCUCGAAGUGCUUGUAAAGUGUUUCUGAGUCCAGGAUAAGCAUUAAAUAAAUUAUUUGUAUAUUAACAAUAUAUCAUGUACAACAUUCUAUAUACAUAGAUGUAUAUGAGCGAGUAUAUGGAAACUGGAGCCAUAAAAAAGGAAAAACCAAAAGUACGCGAAAUUGUGCUGACUAUGAGCCCCGAUUUUGGAAGUACAUUUCUGGCGAUGUCGGGCAGCAUAACCACAACGCCCACACACCCUCCCCGUACUUGCCAGCAUCGUAAAACAAGCUUUCAAAAUAUGUCACCGCCUAUGCUGUACUUUUGGUUUUUUUUCUAUGUAUACGUAAUAUUAGCUAUUAACAAAGUCGAUAGAAACUAGUUGGCUAAGGAGAAGGAUUAGAAUACUCAUAGAAUUGAAAGUAAAUCGAAAAAUGCACUUAAAUGUGGUAAAGUCUCAUUUAAAGUAGGAGUCAAGUGUGCAAUAUGAAUAUUAUUAUAAAAAAGUAUGUAUGUAUAUAAUUUAAGCUAAGAUUAAAAGUUGGCUGUUGUACUCGUUACUCUGUAUUGUAACGAAUCAUAGAAAUUAUAUGAACAAAAGAGAGAAUUAUUCGAAAUAGCAUGAAGGAUGCACCUACCACACAGUUAAAACAAAGAAGUAUUACUAAGACAAAUGUAUUUAAAACAUAAUUUUUAGAUCUAAGCAUAGUUAAAAAAAAUUAUAAUACACGAACAAAUUUGGCGAACUUCUGUAUGUAUCUACAUAUUCC